AUGAAGAUCAAGCGAAGCAUCUGCGCCAUUCCUCUUUCCCAGAUCUCCGGUCUCGCGCGUCGCCUCACCAGCUUGUCAACAAUCGAUGCCUCAUACUCGCCGGCAUUCCGUUCUCAUUGCCCUGGUACUUGCUUUGACUGGGAGACAAAUCGAGUCAUCUGGCGCGUAGAGGCCGUGGUGAAGAAUGGUGCUCUGCACAAAACCUGUCACGAUUUCGAUCACCUCGAUCUCUAG